CCUGAUGCAUCAUGCAGGUCACUUUAUUCUCUUUGUAAAGGCCAGGGAAUGUUGACAGCAUUGCAGUGACACUUGAUGCACAUUUACGCUUAAGCACACCUGUAACUUUAAAAACCUUUCAGGGCAAGCAGCAACAAGACCAGGGCAAUCAAAUUCCAAGCAAGUGCGCUGGCAUUUUCUUCCCCCUUACCUCUAACACUAACGCCCCACCUCCUAAUCCUCCCCCCCUCCUCCCAGGUAGAAGAUCAAACACCAUGGUGGAAGUAGAAGGCAGGUCUGAGCAGGCGCGGGUGUGAACCUGAGAAUUACAGCUGGAUACAUCGAGACUGUCGGCAGAGAAGGAAAAUGUCCCGAAAUGUUAACUUUGACCUGAGCCACCCGCUUAUGGAAGCUGGACUAGAGAGCCCGGCAGACGAGGAAGGUGUUCACGAUUCAUUUCAGCAGCUAAUUGCAGAACACAGUGACAAUGGAGCAGCAUCCAGUGCCUUGGAGCUGCAGCAGCUGCAGAGUGAUUUGGAUGAGGAGAGUCGAGACAAUAUGCCAUUGUGUGGCCCUGAACAUGAGCAUAGAAGGAGGCAGGGGGCAAGUGAUUUGGAAUGCGAUGGCGGUGAAAGAGAAAUGGACCCCAUCCAAGGUGAAGGCUGGUCCUCGGACACCUUGAAAAUCCUGUCCUCCAUGCCCAGUCGCACCAUUGGCCGCAACAGGGGAGCCAUCAUCUCUCAGUACUGCAACAAGACCUUGAAGCUUAGGAGACGCCGGCAGACCAGACCAUCCAUCCGGGACUUCUCUCCCUCCUCUAGACCGUCCAUACGAAGCUACGGCAUGGAGGGGGACACUACAGAUGCAGAAGUGAGUAAGAGGGAACGUCUGGUGAACAACCUGCAGAACCUGCCUGUGAGCGACCGGGUGAGGAUGCUUCGAGGAAUGCCUCUGAGUGUCGCUGAGAAGAAAGAAAUCAGGAAUUUAGUAAUGCAAAAGGAAAAACGGAUACUUUCCAACAAGAGGCUUUCCUGUUGCAGUCAACUCAAAUACUACAUCAUCAUUGCUGCAAGAAAGAGCUGGUACAGCUGGUUGUCCUUCCUGCACUCUCUCCAGCCGUGGCAUACGCUGCUCAAGAGAGUGAGCGGGCGUUUCGGGACUGGAGUCCUCUCGUACUUUCUCUUUCUCAAGACCCUACUCUUUUUUAAUGUCUUCCUGUUCCUGGUUACGGGUGCGUUCCUGGUGCUGCCUCAGGCUGUGCAUCCUCCAGACGAGGCUACAGAGACGAGGUCAUUCUCUGGACUGGAGCUCCUCACUGGAGCGGGCUCUUUCUCACAUACCGUUAUGUACUAUGGAUACUACACUAACUACACACUGCCUAGGCGCUCCAGGGAUGAAGGGGGAGGACAAAAUGCCUCCACAUUGACAAGUGACUCACAGCAGUUCUCCUACAACAUGCCUCUCGCAUACUUUUUCACCAUUGGAAUGGCAUUCUUCAUCACAUGCAUCAUCCUUGUAUACAGCAUGUCGAAAACAUUUGGUCGGAGCUUCAGAAUCAACAAAUCUAAUAGUAUCUUGACUAUGAAGACCUUCAGCUCCUGGGAUUUUAAAGUCAUCAAGAAGAAGUCUAUUCAAAUCAUGUCUGAAAAUAUCUGCACACAGCUCAAGGAGCUGCUGGCAGAGCUGACUCAAAAGCACACCAAGAGCACUUUCUGCAAAAGGUUCUGUAGGCUGAUGGUUCAUGGAGUGGCAUGGACAAUCUGCAUAGCAAGCACCACUGGCUGUAUGGCUGGCGUUUACUACUUCUCUGAGUUUAUCCACAAGGACCUGCAGCAAAACUAUCGUAAUCUUGACGUGAACCCUUUGAUGAAAGAGGCCAAAUUGUUGUCUCUGCCUACGGUGGUUUCUCUCAUUAACCUGCUGUUACCUGCCCUGUUCAACCUCGUCGCCUGGAUGGAGAUCUAUGAGUCACCCUCUGUUUUUGCAUAUGUCGCCAUUGGCCGGAAUUUGAUGUUGAAGACGAGCAUGCUUGGAGUUCUCUGCUUCCACUGGCUGGGUCGGGUGGCUCCUGAAUACGAAAGCAUUGGCCUGACGUGCUGGGAGAAUUUUGUGGGUCAGGAGCUUUAUCGCUUCCUGCUCAUGGACUUCAUCUUCACUCUACUGGACACGCUGUUUGGCGAGUUACUUUGGAGGUUGUUUUCUGAAAAGGUGCUGAAAAGGAAGAGGAAACCAGUGUUUGAUAUCGCCAGGAACGUUCUGGAUCUCAUCUAUGGACAGACGUUAGCCUGGUUGGGAGUUCUCUUCAGUCCACUCCUGCCCGCGGUGCAGAUUCUCAAACUAUUUCUGGUCUUCUACAUAAAGAUGAGCAGUGUGAUGAUGAACUGUCAGGCCCCCAGGAAGCCAUACAGAGCCAGCCAGAUGACAACCAUCUUCAUCACUCUCCUUUGCAUCCCCUCCCUCCUCGGCGCCUCCGUGUGUGUCACAUAUACCAUGUGGAGCAUCACACCGUCUACAUCGUGUGGUCCGUUUCGUAAGCUUGAGACAAUGUUUAAGGCGGGAAAACACUGGAUGGAAAUACUGGAAAAAGAUAAUCCCAGCCUGUCCGUGCUGUCCAAGGCUCACACAUAUUUUGUGGAAAACCCCUUUUUCCUGUUUGUGGGAGCAGGCAUCUUUCUGAUAGUGAUCUACUUCCAUAGUCAGGUGGUGGACGGUCAAAGGAAGAUCAUCAGUUUACUCCAGGAUCAGAUACAAAAUGAGGGAGAAGAUAAAAAGUUCUUGAUCAAUCGGCUGCAGUCCAUCCACAAGCAGAAACAAGAUGCUGGAAAACGUCUUAAAAGCCAAGACUCUACAUGUUGAGGCAGCUGAUUCUCCAGAAGACAAACCUCAGUCCACCAAGCACAGAAAUUUUAAACCUGUGUGGAUAAAACUGGAAUACUAACCAGGAACUCAAAAUCACUAUGCAGCAGUAGAUGUUUCAUUUUGCCAAACGUAGAUUGUUGAAGUGUGUGUAGUUAGAAGGAAAAGGGACUGUUUAUUUAUCUACGUGAAUGUUAUUUGUGAUGUUGCUGGUUUACUUUAAAGAUGCACAAACUGAUAAAAGAGUUUAAGAAAAGGCAGCCUCACAGUGGUGGGAUAUGAGAGGAAAAGAACAGAAGAGAACAGUCUGAGGAGCUAAACAAGCGGAUAAAACAGGUAAAUCUUUGUAAUAAAACGGGCAGCAUAACAAGAAAUCUUUAGCCCUUCCUUUUUUUUAGAAGCACUUUUUAUAGAAAAUGUGAACAAAAGUUUACUAUUACUGGAAAAAUAUUCUACUGUGUGUUAGUAUGUAUGCUGUAGGUGGAUUUAUUACUUGUUGGUGUGACUGUUUAUGUUGUAAAUGAUGUUAUUUUUUUUUCUUGGGUGAUAACUGCCAGUGUUCUAUUUUGUAAGUAAAUUAUCUUUUUGUCACA